AUGUUAGAAAAUCAAAUAAUAGAACGUAAAGCCAUUGAUUCUUUUGGAAUUCUUGGUUCACUCUAUGAUGGAAAUCAAGAUCAAAUUAUCAAACAACAUUAUAUCAAUUCAUCAAUACAAUCAUCAGAAUUAUCUCAUUUAUCUUCUUGUAUAAUCGAAAAAGGUCAUAUAAAUAAAAAUUUUAAUCUUCUACAAUUUAUUGGAAUUCAAGAUGAAUUAAGACUUCAUUUAUUAUUAAAUCUAGCUAAACGUGUUGGUAUAGCUUCAAUUUUAAAUUAUUCACGUCGAAUAAAUGAAUAUACACGUUUUCUAUAUUUCUCAUCGAUAAUACGAAAAGAACAAAUAAUUAUAACAUUAGAACAAAUUCAACAAUUAAUUUUAUCUUCAAAUUUAGAUUUAAAUGCUACUCAUAUUAUUCGAAUGAUAGAUUUUGGUAUUGAAUUUAUUGCUAUUUUACAAUUACCCUAUGAAAUUAAUGUUACACAACAAAUUGAUAAUAUACUUGAUAAAAUUCGUUUAAUACUUUUAAAUAAUAGUGAUAAUAAUACAUUAAUAUUAACUAACGAAGAAGAAACUAUACUUGAAAAAUUAAUUAAUAUAACAACUUAUUCAAAUAUAUCUUCAUUGAUGACUGUAAAUCGAGUUUCAGAUAUAUUCUAUCAAAUAAAUCGAUUAAAAAUGAAUUCUAAUCAUUGUCAUCCAUUAACAUAUUAUCUUCAAUCAAUUGAUAAUUUAGAAUCUCCAUAUUCAUCAAAAAAUAUUCUAUUAAAAAUAUUAUCUGCAGACAAUUGUAAACAAAUUGAAGAAUAUAUUUUACAAUUUCGAAUACCAAUGAAAUAUUUAGAAGCAUCAGUCAAUCAACAUAUGCCAAAUUAUUUAUAUGGACAUCUUCAAAAUCGAAUUUAUCAUGUUCGUCAACAAUAUUCUAUUCUUAAAGAUAUUUAUAUGAAAAAAAUUCAUCAAUUAACUAAAUUAUUAACUAUUGCUGAUAAAGAUCAAUUUAAUAUGUCGAUAAUUUUUCAAGAAUUAAAUUUUAAUGAACAAAAUUCUAUUAAUCAAUUAUUAAAAGAUGUUUAUGAUUUAGAAAAUGAAAUACAAAUAGAAAAUAAUUUACGUAAAAAACAAUUAAAUGAUGACAAAAUAUCAGAACAAGAUUUGGAUGAAAAUGAUAAUUUUCUUAAUACAAAUUCUACAGCUAAUAUAACUUCGGAUUAUGAUCCGGAUGGUGAUGAUACUUCUUCACAAUCAUCAAAUAAUACUAAUGAUAAUGAAAUCGAUCAGACAACACUUUCCGAUGAUUCAUUUAUAGAAAAUGACUUACCAAUUUCUAAUGAAAUAAUAAAUAUUUUACUUCUUGGUGAAACAGGUGUUGGAAAAUCAACAUUUAUUAAUUCUUUAGUAAAUUAUUUACAUUUCAAUAGAUUAGAUCAAGCUCAAUCAAAUAAACCAAUUGCAAUAAUUCCUGUUUCAUUUCUUCUCAAUAACGAUGAACAAUUAAUUGAAUAUAAUGAUUUAAAUGAAUCAACUAAUGAAAAUUUUAAUUAUUCUGGUCAAUCAGUAACACAACAAUGUAAAUCCUAUAUAUUUCAUCUUUAUAAUGGAAAUAAAUUAUGUAUUAUUGAUACACCUGGUUUUGGUGAUGUAAGAGGUAUUGAUCAAGAUAAUUUUAAUAUGGAACAUAUUUUAAAAUAUAUUAAUAAUUUAACACAUAUAAAUGCAAUUUGUUUUCUUUGUAAACCAAAUCUAGUAAAAUUAAAUCAAUAUUUUCAAUCAUGUUUUGUACAAUUAUUUGAUUUUUUUGGAAAAAAUAUUUCCGAAAAUUUUAUAUUUUGUUUUACUAAUACACGUUCAACAUCGUAUACUCCUGAUGAUACAAUAUCAUUAUUUCAACCAAUAUUUGAUUUAUUUUCAUUGGAUGAUAUUUCAUUACAAAAAGAGAAUAUAUUUUGUUUUGAUAAUGAAUCGUUUCGUUAUUUAAUUGCUCUGCAAAAUGAUAUUUCAUUUAAUAAUAAUGAUAUAGUUCAAUAUGAAAAUAGUUGGAAAACAUCAACAAAGGAAUCAAAUCGUUUGAUUAAAUAUAUUUGUACAGGACUUAAUUCAUAUUCUUUACAAAAUCGAUGUCAAUCUAUAAAACAUGCACAAUUUCAAAUUUUACAUCUCAUUCGUCCAAUAUUAGAAACAAUAAGAAAUAUAUUUCGAAAUAUAACUUUAUGGAAUAUUGAAUCUCCAAAUCAAUCAAUUGAAUUAUAUUCAACAGUUAUUCAUCAUUUAGUCUAUAGUUGUCUGUCAUGUAAUCCAAAGAUAAUUAAAAUUGGAAAUUUUGGAAUAAUAAAUGAUUUUCCACAUGAAAUGCAAAAUAAAUGUCAAACUUGUCAAUGUUCGCCUAAUCGACAUAUUCAAAUUGAAUAUUUACUUAAUUAUAAAUUAUUAAAUCGUCCAUCAAAAAAUAAAAUAAGUGAAAUGAAAGAACAAUUAUUAAUUCUACGAAAUGCAUCUGUUCAAUUUGCUUAUUUUCUUAAAAAUAUUGCGUAUUGUACGAAAGAAAAUGUAAUUUUAGUUAAUUUAAUACGUAUGAUAGAACAAGAAACAUAUAUUUGUCGUCAUUCUCAAACAAAUUAUCUUAAUGUACAGUUAAUUAAAGAAUUAACUCAAUGGAAACAAAAAUAUGAAGAAUAUUUCAAUGAAAUUAUAAUGAAGAAUAUGCAUAAUGAUCUUGGUAUUAUUUAUGAAUCAAUUGAAAAAGUAGAAAAUAUUUUAAUAAUUAAAGAACAACUUGAUGCUAUCAAAAUGGGUCAAGAAAUAAUGAUGAAACAACAUGAAAUUCAAGCAAUGCAAAUUUAA